CACGAUACCACUCUAUGUCUUGGUUACUAGAGAGUAUCAAAUAAUCGAAGCUCGCGAUCACGAAAGCCUCACUAUUCAGGCUGAGCGCCUGACAACGAAAGCAUGGCCGACUCGCAUUCCACGACUGCCUCCGCGAAGCCGCGCACAGGCAGCAUGUCGCAAUUAUCGGAGAGCUCACAGACGGCGGCAGAAUUCAUCAAAGAGCAGCUCAGCCUCGAGGCUGAAGCACGCGAGGCUCUUCCCUAUCAAUUCGAUACGUGCACACGCGACCUCGGUCCCCUCCGUCAAAGUCUCUACGCUUGCCUGACGUGCAGUCCACCGCCCGCCAGCGACGCCCAAGUCUACACCCCAGCUGGCGUUUGCUACUCGUGCUCGAUAUCCUGUCACGGCGAACACACCCUCGUCGAAUUGUUCAAUAAGCGCAAUUUUGUCUGCGAUUGCGGUACGACCCGCAUGCCCGAGAACGUGCCCUGCACUUUGCGCCUGAACUCAAAGACUGGACAGAAGGGAGAUGUGGCAGGCGAGGAGCCUUCGAAAAGCAACAGGUACAAUCAGAACUUCAAGAACAGAUUCUGUGGCUGUGGCGCAGAUUACGAUGCCCAUGAAGAGAAGGGCACCAUGUUCCAAUGUCUAGGCUUGGGGACUGUCGAUGAAGGCGGUUGCGGUGAGGACUGGUGGCAUCCAGAGUGUCUGGUCGGCUUCACUCGUGAGGAAUAUGCGAAGUCCAUCGAGAAACCUGAGGUAGGAGAUACGAACGGCACUGUCACAGAUGUUGAAGCCAAUAAAAAGACCAUCGCCGAAGAAACAAACACAUCAGCCACACAAUUGCUGGAUGCCGCAGCGCUGGAGCGGAAUGGUGUGGACGGAAACGACGUGGCGGCUGAGGCUGAGGAAGUGGAAGAUGAGGAUCCGCCGCUACCUCCAGGCUUCCCACUCGAGGAUGACUUCGACCACUUUCUCUGCUACAAAUGCGUUGAAGCCAACCCUUGGAUCAGAGGGUAUGCUGGUUCACCUGGGUUCUUGCCACCAGUGUACAAUCAAAGGACUCUCAAUGCUGCUCAGCUCGCAGAAACGCCUACAUUGCCAGAUGCCGCAACGAACGGUGAGUCCAAGAAGCGCAAAGCAUCUGACGACGAUGAGGACAGACCUGACUCAUCAUUGUCUAUCCCGGUUGCUGCUAAGCGUCAGAAGUCCGAAGAUCCCACCAGUGCACUCUCCAGCAUCCCAGAAGAUGCCACCACCUUAGAUCUGCCACCCGUAUCGAAGACGGAAGUUCCAGCGGACUGCAAGCUAAAGGCUCUCCCUCCUCUCCCCACCGCAGCCCUUGCCAACUCGUUCUCGCUCUUCCUUAAACCUGACUUCCGCGAGCACCUCUGCCGCUGUGCAACCCACUUCACGCUACUGACACCGCAUCCGCAACUCCUCGAAGAAGAAGACACGUACGAGCCGCCGAUCUCAGAAGUCGGCAACGAAGGCGCGCCAUCCGCCGGCACGGGCUCGCUUCUCGACCGCGGCGAAGCGGCGUUCAGCAACAUGGACCGCGUGCGCGCGAUCCAGGGCGCGAUGGCGUACGCACAACUCAAAGACAAAGUCAGCGCGUUUCUGAAGCCCUUUGCCGAGAGCGGGCAAGCUGUUGGGGCCGAGGAUGUCAAGGCGUAUUUUGAGAAGCUGAGGGGUGAUUCACAGGGAAUUCAAGAGGCUGCUGUUGGGGCGAAGGAGAGUAGGGAUGAUGGUGAUGAGGGAGGGCCGGAUAGCGGGAGCAGGAAGGAGCAGAGUGGGUAUUGAAGCGCUUUAGGACGGGCGUUGGAUGAGAUUGAUGAUACCAAUUUGAAUGACGAGAGAUGAGAGAUGAGUAAACUGUAUAAUGUCAGCAGGAGGUACUUCCUUGCGUCGAAUUUGAAUAAUGAUUUUCCGC